UUCAUCCUCUUCUUCAUCGAGUCUUCUUCCCGAAGGGCAUGGCUCCGUAUUCCUCUAGUCAUAGCCGCCUCCCCAUGGUUAGUAGCUUGGCAGUGGCUUUCUGCCUUCUGAUAGGGUUAGCCUCACUUGAAUUAACUCAUGGCGACGAGCUGCGUGUCGGCUUCUACCUCGGUAGCUGCCCUUCGGUGGAGGACGUCGUAAAAGAUACCGUCGCGAAGGCUUUUGCCACUGAUCCCGGUGUGGCUCCCGAGCUCGUCAGGUUGCACUUCCACGAUUGCUUUGUCAGGGGAUGUGAUGCAUCUGUGCUAUUGGACUCUACGCCCGGCAGACCAGCUGAGAAGGAUUCUCCUAUAAACAACCCCAGCCUCGGCGGCUUCGACGUCAUAGAUGAAGCAAAAUCCAUAUUGGAAUCCCGGUGCCCGGGAGUGGUCUCGUGCGCCGACAUCGUCGCCUUCGCCGCCCGGGAGGCCGUCCAUAACGCCGGAGGAUUUUCCUACUUGGUGCCGGCUGGCCGACGAGAUGGCAUCGUGUCCAAUGCAUCCGAAGUUAGUGAAAACCUCCCGAAGGGGAGUUUCAAUGUCGAUCAACUACAAGCGAAUUUUGCCAGGAAGGGCCUUUCUCUCGAGGACAUGGUCACACUGUCCGGUGCACACACCUUUGGCGACUGCCACUGCUCGGCGAUUUCCGAUAGACUCUACAACUUCAGCUCCACUAACGCCCCCGAUCCGUCCAUGGACCCAAACUACGUGUUGUUGCUGAAGAGCAAAUGCCCAGCUCCAGCUCCGGGAUCAAGCGACGAUCCGGCAGUCUUUUUGGAUGUAGCGACACCAAAUAACUUCGAUAACCAGUACUAUCAGAACCUCAAGAACCAGAGGGGCCUCCUCUCGUCGGACCAGGCAUUGAUGAGCAGGGGUGACACGGCCACGAUGGUCAAAAGCAACGCGCUCUUUGGCUUAAUAUGGAAGUCUAAGUUUGCGGAUGCGAUGGUGCGGAUGGGGAACAUCGAGGUGCUCACUGGGUCUCAGGGACAGAUCAGGAGGUCCUGCAGCGCUGUCAAUUCAAAUGCUUCACCCCCCACACUUCUGUGACGCACAUUAGGAGCUGGUACUAGUUGAAGUCGAUGCAGUUCGUACGUUUCAAUAAUGGCUCAUCUGCAUGUGGCUUGAUCUUAAUUUCGUGGAAGGCGUUGCUGUUCUUCUGAAUAAGAAAUCUUUCUUUCUGUGUCUUAUCAGUGAAAAGAAUAAGAGAAGGUUGGUGAUGGCUAGUUCGUCGUUACCAACUUAAUGGCUGCAAUAUUUGUUUCAGUUGUAACUUCACGACCUACGACUGAUUAAUGAUGCAGUAAUUUGUGAUUCCCUGUUUGA